UAAUUGAUUAUGCGCUUCGCAAUCUCGAAAACGUCGUCUUUAUGAACGGUAUAAAGUGUAAAGAUUAGUUUCGGCGACUGUAUUGCACGAAAUACGUACAGUGCCUUGACGGAAGAGCGUGAAUAAUUCGUGCUCCAGAACUGACGUACGCAUAAUUUUGGGAUCGCGACGCAUAAUUUCGUCGUCGUUGUGUCAGAUUGAAAGAAAACGAGGCACCAUACGGAGAAAAAUGUCAAAAAUCGAAGAGGCGAACGAACAUAUACGGCAGGCUGAGAAAGCCUUAAAGCCUACUCUUUUGAAAUGGCGACCUGAUUAUGAGGUAGCAGCUGAUGAAUACUCACAUGCAGCAACAUGCUUUCGAAUAGCCAAAUCAUAUGCACAAUGCAAAGACUGUUUGGUGAAAGCAGCUGAUUGUUAUAAACAGACGAAAGCAUGGUUCCAUGCAGCAAAGAGCAUCGAACAAGCUCUGCUCAUCUGCAAAGAAAUGGGAGAUCUUUCAGAAGUAUCAAAACUAGCUCAUAGUGCCUGCAGUCUUUUUCAGCAACAUGGUUCUCCUGAAUCUGGCGUAAAUGCCCUCGAUAAGGCGGCCAAGAUGCUAGAAGCUACACAGCCUCAACAGGCUUUAGAAUUGUUUAAACGUGCAGCUGAUAUAAUCAUGGGCGAGGAUAGUCCGCGACACGCAGCGGAAUAUAUGAGCAAAGCCGCGAGAUUAUUGGUGAAGCUGCAAAUGUAUGAUGAGGCCGCGGAUGCGAUACGUCGUGAAAUUGGCAUGUAUCAAGAAAUUAAGCUUUGGCAAUCACUUGGGAGGCUCACUGUAGCCCUGGUGCUGGUACAAUUAGCGCGGGGCGAUCAAGUGGCGGCCGAGAAAGCCUUCAAAGAAUGGGGAAACUAUUGCGAACCUCCCGAAGUGCAAACAUUGGAGACGUUGCUACAGGCAUACGACAACGAAGAUGCAAACGCAGCUCGGGCGGCCCUUAAUAGCCCUUUUAUCAAGCAUAUGGAUGUAGAAUAUGCCAAGCUAGCGCGAGGGUUGCCCUUGCCACAGCAAGAAUAUGCAGUUCCACCCGCUGGAAUAAGGGCUAACGCCGCGGAAUCUUACGUUUCUCCCAAUGUGUCUAAACCCGCCGAAGCAGAAGAAAAGAACGACGCAACUAAUCAGGCAACGAAAAAGGUGGCUGAAAAGAAACCGGAAGUUGCACCACCACCAGAAUCGCAACCAGCGCAAAAGGAGGAGGAAGAAAACGACGAAUACGAGGGAGGCCUGUGUUAAUCGUUUUUAGAUGUAAAGAAUUCUCUAUUGCUCGAGUAAACUGUUAAGUGUAACGCUUGCAUGUAUAUCGAAAGCACAUUAUCGGUUUUAACAGAAAAUUUAUCUUUCAACUUCUAAAAUUAUUAGAAUGAGACGCUGAAAUCAAGAUGAUAAAUAUUUCUUUCACAUUCUACCUUUUUUUUUUUUUGAAUAUUUCACAAACUUAAUCUAUUAGUAGCUACAGAAUCAUUGAAAGAUUACAAGAUUUAAUAUAAGAACAACUAAAAUUCCAUAUAUACAAGAAAAUAUAUUUUUCUUGGAAGACUUUACAUAAUGUGU